GGCGCGCUCCGGUCGCUUCUUCGGCAGCUUCGAGGUCUUCCACACCAAGUUUUUCUCGGACUCGAAGUGUGCAAAUGCAAAUGCAAAUUACGGGCGGACGAAAGUGAUGUCGCCAACUGAAGAAUAGGAACGUGACCGACUCAUUGAGAAAAUAACGCUGAAUUUGUACUUUGAUUGCGGGGUUCGCAAAGAAAGUUUUCACCCGGGCACCGAGUUAAAUCGAGAAGAAAAUUCAAACAAUUUAUAAUCUCUCGAGUGUGAAGUGAAUUGGAUAAUGUGAUGGAUUUGCAGCAGAAAGAGCAGCAGGAGCUAAUUAAUGAGCCGUGAUGGAGCACGCCAUGCCGCAUCUUCUCCACCGACGCCGCGAAUUUGCGCAUCCGUCAGAUACUUACCAUAUGCAAAGUGUGAAGCUGAGGCUCGUGUAAUUCGGUAACAUGUCGAAAAUUAGCGUUCAUUGCGCUUAAACGGAUUGCAUUCACCGCUAAUUGCAUACGAAUUAAGACGAAAUACAGGCAAACAUUUGCACACCAAACCCCUAUAUGAACAGAGUGAACAAAUAAGAAGUGAUUCGCAGCUGGAACCGCGAGUGCUAUAUGAUGGUCACCUGCAAGGUGGACUCCCAAUCCGCGGUGGCCGCCGUUGUGCCCAAAAUGAAUGCUCCCCGGACCCGGGGCAAGACCACCGCCGGCAGCCAGAGCAACAGCAACUCCUCCGGCUUCCGGCUCCUGGACGGCGAUCAGCUCGAAAACAAUUCGAGUGUCAGCCGCAAUUCGAUCUACAAACUCAAGAUAGAUCUUAUGUUUGACGAUUCCAGAUCCAUGCGAAGCAGCCGCCUCGAUGAUCCCCGGGGAUCGCAUCGCACCCGCUCCAUCAUCAUGUAUGGGCGCAGUGAGUUGGCCAGCACUGGCGGCGAUCCACCCCGUUCCUUGAGCAGCUUCCUGCAGGACAAUACAGGGCAGUCGGCCAAGGUGCUGGCCGAGGCGGCCAAAAAGGAUGUGCAGCGGAUCAGCAACAGUGUGCAAGCCCAGAUCGAGCAACUCUUUACGGACGUGGCCAAGGACGCCACCAGUAGCUUCGAUGUUACCUGCCUGGGAUCACUGCCGCUGAAAGACAAGGUGACGAGCCUGCAGGGUCUGCAGGAGCCACUGCGUCAGCUCUAUCUGUCGGAGGUGGCCAGUAAGAAACUGAGCUCUGGCUCUUUGGACAUUUGUGCCACGGGCUUGCGGGUAAAGGUCAGCGCUACGGCCAUUUCGAAUGGGUCCAGCCCCGAGGGAGCUGAGGAGAAUGAGGCCCUCAUCACGCCCUUCCACAACAUAGCCGUGUGGUCGGCGGUGAAGUUCGUCAUGUCGGAUGACGAUGGUGGGGCGGCCUUUCUGCCUCUGAUCACCGAUCCCGAGAACAUCGACAAGACUUCCCUGUUUCAACCACUGAGCUCUAGUGAACAGCUGGCCGUCGAGCAGAGCAUUCACAUCCAUGCACCUAUCUUUGCGGUGGUCAUGCGCUCGGCUAGCUCACCCAAGGUUCUGGAGUGUCAUGGAUUCAUCUGCAAGAGCACCGAGGAUGCCAUCGUUAUAGCUGCCACUUUGUACCAGAGUCUGAUGGCCCACGUAAGCACUAGCUCGAGGCGGAACACGCAGCGGAGAGCCCCUCGGCAGCAGAAUGGAGUCAGUUGCAUCAGCAUUGCCAGCAGCUCGGCCAUGACCAGUUCCAACUACUUGUCGCGGUCCCAGAUCGCGCCUAGUGCUUGUGGGCGAAGGAGCUCCUUCCGCAGCAGUACUGGUGUGGGCGGUACACCCUCCCGAUCCGGGCGCAAGAAGCGUGUGUCCAGCAGUUCCCUGAGCUCACACAGCAACGUCAUCAAUGAGGCCGCCGAGCUGGAAACUUCCACCGAGGAGCGCAGACGGAAGUCCCACAAAUCGAAGCGGGCUCCUCCAGUACCCACAACUAUCCCCGGCUCGGGCGGUCACAGAAUAGGGCCUCCAUCCCGCAGUGGCAGCAUUGUGUGCGGAAACGGACACGUCAACCGGCUAGGACAUCCCGGAAAGAAAUCCACCUCUGAUCUGGCAGCCGUCGUAGACGUAGUUCCCGCCAACGGAGACAUCCUGACACGCGUGGCCAUUCCCAGAUCCGGAAGCUUCCUCAACACCGGAGGUCUCACAAGGUACAAGUCCAGAGCAGCUCGAAGGCAUUCCGGCAAAAUGGGCGGCGGUGGCGGCGGCGGAGGAGGCGAACUGUUUAACGAAUUUCGCCUGCACGAAAACCUGCACUCCCUGGACGACAUCCUGUACGCCAUCAUCGAUGCCGACGGCAUGUCCUUCAACGAUCUGAAGCCGAUCUACAAGGAGUUCCUGCUCAAGCUGGCCGUCACACUUACCCAGGACGAGCUAUUCCAGCGCUCCAAGAACAUAAUGCGGCGCCAAAAGAAAAAGAAGCAGAAGCGAAAGGCCAGUGUCAAUGGAUCACAGAAAAAGUCCAAAGCUAGUUUCUUUGGAACCAAGACUUUGAAGAAGGUUUUGUCACUAGGACAGUUUAGGUCUUGUCGCGGCAAGCUAACCAAGCCGGCUGUGAAGUCUAAGGAGAGCACUUUGGAUAGCCAGGGCAAGCGAAAGAUCAGUCCGCCCAUCAUCAUAGGACCACCAAUCUUGCAAAGCCACGUUCAGCAUCAUCAGCAUCAACACCAGCGGAACCGAGCGGCAACCAGUGGCUCCGAUGUGUCGGUGGUGCGAAACGAAAAUGCCCAAGGACUCAACCGAAACAGCAGCAGUGGCUAUGUUUCCUGCUCGGAGUGCAGCUACGACUCGGAGUCCUGCGCCUGUGCGUCGGCGGAUCGGUGCUACUGCAGCCUGCGGACGGAGCACAUGAACCACAAGCUACGCCAGAAGAAUGAGCGGAACAUGGCUCUGGCCUCGCCGACUCGUAAAGCAAGUGCAGCAACUGUAGGAAACAAUAGGCACUCCCUUGUCUCCUGCCGAUCGGACGACAAGUGCUACUGCUCGAUGGUGGAGGAGGAGCCGGCUAGUUCUAUGGAACGAGACUCGGCCAACAACUCCCAGACGGAGACCACCACGUCUUGUGACUCGGACAGUUGUGUGAGUGCCAGCAAGUGCUACUGCAAACGCACCCAGAGACGCCAACGAUCCUCCUCAGCAGCGGCGGCGGCGGCAGCUAUCAGUGAGGAUUCGCUCUCGAAGAAACAAAGCAAGCCGCGUCCCGGGGAAGGUAGAUGCGGGGGAGGAAGCGGAGCUGGAGCUACCCGCAAGGGUGGCAAACCUUCGGAGAAACUUGGCCUCGACUACGAGCUGUUCAGUAUCAGUGGAAACAGCCAGCCAGUUCAACCACAUGAAGCCCUAAGUGUGAAGAAGAGUGUGGAGGCGGCGGCGGUGUUUGCGGACAUGAAACUUAGCCAGACCACGGACAUCAAGAGCCUGUGUCCGGUAGGUAAAGGAGGAUUAUCCGGUGGUCCUGGCUCCAGGGCAGCCAACGGCAGCUGCCGAUCGUAUGCCUCCUCCAGGAAAUCGUCCUACCGAACUCGUGAAUCCUACAGCCAGGAUCGAGGAACAGGAGUGUUGCCACUUCCUCUGCCCCUGAUCAAGGGAGGCAUGGGCUUGGGAGGCGGUAGCGCCGACAAUCUGCUGGCCAACCUCAAGGCCAUGGAGGCCCUGAAGGCAGCCUCGAUCCGGAGCAGCGCCAGCAGGAGCCGCAUGGGCAGCUAUCAGUCGAUGAGGGCGGUGAGCGCCUCGCUGGAGGACUCGCUGGGUUACUUGCCAUAGACGAAGUGGGAUCCAUCCGAUAUAGUUAACAAUGUACAUAGCUCAUAAGCUACAUAUUCUUAAUCGAUCUGUUUAAACUAUAUAUUAUACUCCUUCUGAACGGCUUAUGUUUCCCAAGACAAUUAUCCCCGAGGAUCAAUUCUCUUGCGAAACGUAAUCAAUUAGAACUCUAAGUAUUUCCUAUAGAACAUCCAGUGUGACUUUAACUCUAAGGUACUUAUUAUGGUUAUUCCAUAACAUCAGCGAGGUGCAAUAUAGAGACCAAUCAAAUAUUUAAAUCAGUGCAAUAUUUAUAAAGAUUAUUGAAAAUUAAACAAAAUAUUAUAUACUCAGA